GAGUUGAGAGUGUCCGCAAUGUGACCAUUAAAUGUUGUUGCUGUGGUUUGCCUCUUGGUCAACUCGUUGUCGCUGUUGCACAGACAAAUAAUCGAACUCCCAGCUGCUACUGCCAAGUGCAGCGACAGUUCUGUGGCGGCCAUUUUAUACCCUACACUCGGCGAACACAACAAGGGUAUGCUGGAUAGCUGUUUGUAGUAAGUGUGGGAAUAUAUUGUAGUCCUGGUUAUAGGGUAUUGUGUGUGGUUUAUACUGAUCAUGUAUGCAAGCUAUCGUCUGAAAUUAGCUUUGUAUAUAGGGUAUUGUGUGGUCUGCCUACUAACUAUGCAUGAAAGAUAUCAUGUGAAACAAGUAGGAUUUGAUAUAGCAUGCAUCACUAUACAUGAAGGCUAUCAUGAGAAACUAGCUUUGGGUAUAGGGUAUUGUGUGGUCUAUAUACUAACUAUGCAUGGAAGCUAUCAUGAGAAACUAGCUUUGCAUAUAGGGUAGUCUAUGUAGUCUAUAUACUAGCUGUACAUAUUAGCUUUCGGGCGAAACAGACAUAAUAUGGGCGCUGCAUCCGAUUGUUUGAUUGAAGCAUAUUCGCUUAGCCUACAGGGUAUCACUUGGUCGACUCUGUAAGUAGUUCUUUAUAGCCGUGUUUAUUGAACUUUUUAUGCGUGGCGGCAAUCAGUGGCAUGAAUGUUCAAGCGCGUGCAACAAACAAAAAAAAAAGAGAAAGGACAAUGGUAAAAGCAACGGCGAAAAAUCAACAUGCAACAGCCAGAAAGGAACAACAACAACGUCAAGCAACAUCAGCAGUGGUUGCCGUUUUCCAUUUAAUGCCCAUUAACAAUAAACGUGGAUAAAGGAUAUGCUCGACUAACAACACCUUAGCUGGCAGGCAAGUAGUCACCUAGUCGCCGAGUCACCGCAUCUUCGAGUCAGCCUUGGAGCAGCCAAUGCAACCAACACAGACACAAAAUGCUGAUACUGCUGCCGUUGCUGAGUAUAUUUGGUAAUAGUCUCAUUGCUGGAGUCGGGGCGAAUCUGAGCUUGGGCUUUCAGGUCAUCAGACUGCCAAGGCAUAUAAAUCCCGCCAAUUGCAGCGUUGGAAACACGACAUUCGUACAUGGAGCCACGUUUAAAUUGGAUUGCAAGACCCAAUGCGUUUGCGAGAAUGGUCGCCAUGCCUGCUCCACACUGUGCCCCAACGAGCAGCUGCCGGCGCCGGAGGAUACGAUUUCAUGCAGAUCGCCGCGUCUCGUCGAGGUGCCCGGCCACUGUUGCAAAAUGUGGCUCUGUGAGAAUCCAACAGCUGAUGUCUAUGCCACCUGCCACAACAGCAGCACCAGCGGCAACUGGACCGCCUGCAGUCGUGCAUGUGGCCUGGGCAUGGCCACAAGACAGACAAGCACCCAUGCCGGCUGCCAUCAAUUGAGCAAUUUACGGCUUUGCGAGAAUCGCAGAUGUGCCCAGGACAAUAAGAAGACGAAGAGCAACAGCCACAGUAGGCUAUUAACCGCUGAGCGCCAGCAGAACUUGGCCAGCAGCCAGCUGCAUCAGCAGCAUCAGCAGCAUCAUCAGCAGCGGGAGCGGGCCGGAGUACGUCAGAGGAACGGGCAUGGGAAGGGGAAUGGGUAUGGGCAUGGGAAUGGGCUGGAUAUGCAACAGGAGCCCGCACAUAGAAUAAGAAAGGGUCACGAGUGCCGCAGCUUACAGCGCCUGGGCCCGGCGAGAAUUCGACUGGGCGAGUGCGUCUCCCGCAAACUUUAUCGACCGAAACUGUGCGGCAGCUGCCACAGGGGCACCAAAUGCUGCAUUCCGGCUGUUUCCACAACAAUACAGGUCGAGCUGCUGUGCCCCUUAAAUGCCAUUGAUCCAAUUAACUACGUACAAAAGCGAAUACAACAGCAGCACAGGCAACAGGAUCUGGCAGCUGAGGCGAGCUCUGAAGGUGAGAGUUGGCAGCCGGAAGGCCAGUUAUGGGACACCAUUGCCUUGGAGCCCAUCGAUCAGGAAUUUCUGCAAUCGCAUCAAAUACAAAUCGAGAAUAAAUUCGUUGCCAUCGAAUGGAUACUGAAAUGUGAAUGCAGCAAGAAUUAUUGCAGUGCUGACAUGGGCGAGAGCAAAAACAUAAACAUUGCCACGAAUACCACCAAACAUGGUUACCACAAUUACAACAACAACAAAAACAGCAACAAGAAGAAGCAUGCACAGCAACAAAAACAACAUUACCACGAAACUAAUGGCCUACAAAAUGAGUUGAACCCAAAACACGAUGCGCUAGAGGAUUUUGCUGGCUACGAAGCCGAGGAGCAGCAGGAGGAGCGACAUGUGGCCAGCGAUGAGGCAGAGCUUGUCGCCGACAAUGUGAACAGUAAGGUUAGCAACGAGGAGACCUCCUCAUCGGAACAACAGCCCGAUAUUAUACCCUAUCCGCUGAGCGUGGGCGAGACCAGCUGGAAAAGCGAAAAACUACGCAGACAGCAACAACAGCAACAACUGCAACAAGAGCGUUGGAUUCGCACAUAGCGUAAAAUGAGACUUGAACAUUUCCCAAGCAAGCGUUGAAAAUUGAUCAGUUGAGCGAUAGAACUUAAGAUUUGUACAGCAUAGCGAUAUAAAUGUAUUUUGAAUUAUUGAAAAAUUGAGAUUAAGCUUGUAAAGAAAAACAAAAAAAAAACUAAAAUAGUUGCUUGGGAAAUGGUUUAGGAUUUGAGCUAAAUGAGCACUAAGUGUAAGUAUGUGGAUAAUUAUCAGAUGAGGAAGAAAAAAACCAGAAAUACAAAAUACGAAAUACCUAACAACAGACAGACAGGAAAAUACUGGCAAACACUAUGAUUCUGUAUUUUGUAAUCUUUGAGACGUAAAUAAAUGAAUAAAUAAAUCUUAAAAUACGGCAUUGAUAUGUAUUUUUGCGAGCACAUAUACAGAAAAAUUGCUUACAAUAAAAUUACAAAACUAUCAAAAUUGCAAUUAACUAUAAAUGUUGGCAAAGCUAUGUGAAAAACUGCCCGAAACAAUAAUCUAAUUUUAAUAUAUAGAUGUACAAUAAAUGGCUUGCUUUUCGAGUGUAUCCAAGCGUUAUUUGAUAGAAAGAAAAAAAUGCUAAACAAAAUAAAACAGAAGAGUUACAUGUUUCAAAUAUAAUUGUGCUAUAUACUCGCAUAUAUCCAGAUGCUUUGUAAGUGUAUUAAAGACUCUGCUUGAAAAAAAAACACAUCAGUUAAAUGUACCAAGUAUUAAACAGUUGAAAUAGAGUAUAUAUAUGCGAACAUUGGGGUAACAAUAUUUGACCCCACUGUGCUUAACUUAAAAGCCUAAUUGCUCUCCAAAACAUAUCCCAACAAAUAUAUCUCAACCGUGUGCUAUAAUUUAUUGGUAAAUUUAAAAUUGAAAAAAAAAAGAAAAUUAAAAAAAAAAAAUAAAACACCAAAGCUUGUGCAUACUCAUAACCCA